AUGGCGAAAGACGAGAUCCUCACCCACCACGACGUCUGCGAAGCCGUAGAGGGAGAUGGGUACCUCGCUGGGAAAGCAGAACGAGAAGCAGAAGACGCAGAAGCAGAAACAGAGACUAUCCGACCACCCGCUCGCAAGCGCCAACCCGCUAUCCUCCCCUCUCCCUCGCAGCUAUUGAAACCUAGCAUCAGAAAUCGAACGAUACGAACGGCAUUCCGAAAGCGAUCUCCCGAUUUCCACCUCUUCUCCAAACUGCCCAUGGAAAUAAGACUGCAGAUCUGGGAACACUCCAUGGUACCGCGCGUGCACGAACUCCAUCCCUGCGCCAAACUCUAUAACGAACGCAUGACCUUCCGAUCCAACAGCGCGCAAACCCCAACCAUCUUCCACGUCAAUCGGGAAUCUCGGUCGGUCGCAAUGAAGAACUACCAAUUGAUGGAAUACGAUCCCACGCGCGGGCUAUCGGGAAAGGGAAUCUUGCGUUUCUUCUUCAAUCCUGUGUUGGAUACGCUGCUGUUGAAUAGUUUGAUGGGGUUAUUCAUGAUGUUUGUGCUGCUUGAAGAAGAAGUCGAGUAUGCCGGUACUAUGCGCGGUUGGCAGACCGUGGCAUUUGACGCAGAGCGUGCGCAGCUCAUCACUUUGCUAUCCGGAAUCCACGGUCAUCGUCCGCAACCGAGGAUCAAAGAAAUAUUUCCAUCCCUCAAACAGCUGAUAAUCGCAUUCGACUACACCAGUCGAGGGAAGACUCGCUUCCGCACAUCAGUCUGGCCGGGCGAGAAUGGUACCACACUAAAGGAAUUCCCCUGGCCGGUCAUGGAGUCAAGGGAGUUUGAAACGAUCUUUGAGCCGAUGAAGUCGUAUUUGGAGAACGAUUAUACCGAGGGCGAUGUGCCGGAAAUACAGGUUGCGAAGGUGAAGAGGAAGGUUUUCCUUCGAGGUGACAUUCGUUAUGCGUUCCGGAAAACUUGUGCGGUGAUGGGUAUGCGUCCCAGAGGGAUAUUCAGGCGCAUCUAG